AUGACGGCCACGUGUGGGCAGAAACGCACAGCGGGCGGCAGUAGGCGCGCCGACCGCCUCACUGUGGACGCUGCCCGCGAUGUCCAGCUCCUCGCGUGGAACGGGAGCCGCUCACGUGGUGUGCACAUGCUUCUGUUGCCACAACACGACGCCGGUUACCUCGCACCUUGCGGGCGGUGCGAUGCAGAAGCAUCGGACAGUGAGCCACUAGCCGUGGUCCAACACCGGCGGACCGCCCCACCGACAGAGCCUUCCAGCAGCGAUUCCCCACGACACCGGCACCGCCAGGCGCAGCCCGCUCCAAGCACCGAUCACGCUGGAGAAGCUCGUGCACCACCUCGGCCAACCGCCCUCACACGGCGGCCGGCUUUCGAGACACCUCACACCAGCCGCUUGGUAGCGGCUCUCGAGCCACCCUGUGGCGAGACGCAGACGGCGACCUACGACCUCGGCGACGCCUCCCGCGCGACUCCAGCCGGAGCACCGCCACGCCCCCACCCACUCAGUGCGCCUCUGAGUGAGACUCGUGUGUGGCCAACCUCCAGCGACGGCCUCGGACUUCACUCUCGCCGACCGUCGCCAGCGGAACCAAGUGCGUCCUCUGUUUGGGCUUCCGAAUGCAGUCUUCCAGGGAAUCCUCUAAGUGAACCAGAAGCGGAGCCGUCGGAACGUAUUCGCUGUGCCUGCUCAGAUUCGGACAGCCCGUGCGAUUACUCGUCGCCGACUCCUGAAGGGAGGGAAGUCGCUUCCGAGGCAUCUCCCACUAAAGACGCUUCUUCGUCGCCGCGCUGUACCACCGCAGCGCCGGACAGCGAACCUGCCGGUCGCGACCGCGACGAGUCGGGGGCUACACAGCAGAGUCAGCCAGCAGAGGCAGUCGGCACUCAGACGGCAGAUGGUGGAGACGUUGGACUUGAGCCCCUCCUACUGGCCACAGCCGCCGACUCUGCCGCCAUCAGAGGCGACGUCUACAUCCUCGUGAGUCCUGCCCGACACCUGCUCCGACAGGAGCCAGGCAAAGGACACCACCACCACUGCUGUUGCUACGCUUUUGGUGGGCCACUAGAGGCCUCCUGGGUAGUCCCGGAGACUCGGCCCGUCGGCGAGUGGGGGCGGGAGCCGUACCCGGACGGCAGCGACGGGGGGCCCGUCGACGCCCUCGUCACCAGGACCAUCUCCGACUUGGACGUCACCGCCGUCGUCACCCGGCUCUGGUCCAAGCAGGCGGCGCGACUCACCAGCGCGCUCUGCCGGGUCGCCGACUCCGGCCGUGUCUUCGGAGCCUCCGACGAUGGUGGGGGCGGAGGUCCGCAGGUGAAGUGGGGCAGUGGGGGCGGCGGCGGCGACGGCCUCCGAACCGAUUCGGCCCAACUCCAGCGCCCAGCUGGGCACGGUAGCCCCGGACCGCGGGAAUCGCCCACGGCGAGAGGGCGCCAGUUGACAACAAAAUCGACGAAAAGUCUUCCGAACGAAUCCGACGGGGCAGCUGUUCUUCCUCGCUACCAGUGCGGGCAAGUGGGGGAGCCCCCGACACCGGCCAGUCCCGACACUAAAACUCCGACAGUAGACCCGCGACCGUAUCCAGUAAACACACCGUACAGUUUAGAACAUUCCUCAGUGGGUGGAGAAAACCCGACACCUGAGAUCAGCCCCAGUAACAGUGCUGGAAAACUUUCCUCAGAUACCGAGGACAUUCAGAUCUCUCCACAUUGCCCUCCCAGUGACUACCUAAGUGAAAAUCCCCAAGAGUGUGUUGAUGAGCUUAAGGACGCUCAGUACUUCACAUCCAGUGAGGAAGCUGCAGGAUCUGUAAAAUCUGUUCGGGGACAAUGUGGAACUGAUGAUGAUAGUGAACACUGUGUUCCAGUCAGUCCCAAAUAUUGUGGUGGGGGAGAUCCAGUAGCUCCUCCAGUUGUCCCUCGAGAGUUCCAGGUACCUCACGCAGGACAGUACCGUGACGAGCAGCCCGAGGAAAGUAGAGGUGCACGAGUAGCAUCCAGUGGUGUACAAAGCUGCGCUGCGUCAGUGCCCCAUGAGACUCCGGCGAGGUCACUGUACCGUAGUGAGAGUGCAGCUGGAGGAUCCGCUUUCAGUGACACUAGCGACGAUGACAGAGUUUCUCCCCCUCUGACGUACUCGGAGAGGCGAGAGAGGCUCCAGGUGAAACUCGCGCGUCGCGUCGCCGUCACCUCUGCGUCGACCCGGACCACCCCCGCAAGUUCUCCGAGUCGAGGGACAGUCAGCACGCGGGACAGAACUGGACGAUGCGAGGCUGACCCGUGCCGUGACGGCCUCGCAGCCAGCUCUGCCCGUGGCUCGAAUCCCAGCCAUCCUUCAAGCAUAGGGAACACCGCGGACGGCAAGCUCUCGCCGCCGCCGGCGUCGGCGUCGGCGUCGGACGACAGCUCGACGGCGGGCGUGGCCGUGGGGGCGGGCGAUGCCGCCCCCCUAGUCCGCCGCCGGCGACAGCGCACGCCCGCCGCCUCCGACAGCGACGACACCGACGACGACGGCGUGCGCCUCUCGCCGGCCGACAUCGAGCGCUACCGCAAGCUGGUGCUGCUCCACGGAGGCUGCGGCGGCGACCACGAUGAGUGCACGUGCGACCGCUACUGCCAGCACUUCUCGCCGCUGGAGGACAUUCCGUUCGAGUCGGACGCGCAGAUCAGUGCCUACAUGAAAGUCGUCUUCGAGAGGAACAAGAUGAGGGUCAAGAAGCAGCAGCAGCAGCAACAGCAACAGCAGCAACAACCACAACAACAACAACAACAGAGCAUCAUCAACAACAACAACAAGGAGCUGUCGGUGGUGGGCGGGGGCGGAGAGGCGGACGACGGGUCCCCAGGGGCGGCGCUGGACGCCGUCGCCAAGGACGUGCGCAAGCGGCACCGCGUCCAGUUCGACGAGUCGCUCAACAGGUUCUUCGACGCGGACUACGUGAUCCUCAUCAGGGAGGCCGAGGAGGGCGACGAGGAGUACGAGGAGGACGACGAGGACGACGAGGGGUGA